CCAUGACAACAUCGAAUUAAAAUCUUUUGUUUGUUUAUUCCAUACGAAGCUUCUUUGAGGUUAAAAAUCUGACCAAAAUUAAUUGCUUAAAUAUUCUCAAUCUGGAGGGGAGGGAGUGUCGACUAUUGCUAUCGAUAUCACAUCGAUCAUCUGUCGUGUAGUCUAGAAGGAAAAUGGCGACGCCUGUGAAAGCUGCUGUUCGUCAAGUUCGACCACUUUUGUCAGUAAAUAAAAAUGAAGCUCGCAGGAGGGUUCUUAAUUUGUACAGAGCGUGGUACCGACAAAUGCCAUUUAUCAAUAUGGAGUAUGAUCUUCCUAAGACAGAGAAGGAUCUGAAACAGAAGUUGCGAGAGGAGUUUGUGAAACAUAAAGAUGUCAAGGAUUUACGUGUCAUUGAUCUUCUAGUCGUCAAGGGUCAAAUGGAGCUCCAGGAAGCAGCUCAGAAAUGGAAGACCUCAGGAACGUUCAUGUACUUCUACAAAGACACAGUUGAGAAGAAGCCCACAGACUUCAUGUCCAAAUUCUUGGCAGGCCACGAUUAAUUUAUUAUCGCUGGAGCGAUUGAUAGUUGUGAUGGUAAAUCUUGUAAGUUAAUGCUGAAGAAAUAUUAAAUAAAAUGUACAUAUGAUAGAGGCUAAAAAAA